AUGGCCGACAACGACAUCACCAGACACCUCAAGCAGACGCACGACCGUGUGUUUGAGCACAACAAGAAGUGGGCAACGUCGCAGGCCGAAAAGGACCCCGAGUUCUUCUCCAAGCUGUCGGCAGGCCAGACGCCCGAGUACCUCUGGAUCGGAUGCUCGGACUCGCGGAUUCCGGCCGAGGCUAUCACUGGCCUGGAGCCCGGCGAGGCCUUUGUGCACCGUAACAUUGCCAACCUGGUGCCCAACACGGACCUCAACGUUAUGAGCGUCAUCAACUACGCCGUGCGCCACCUGCAGGUCAAGCACAUUGUCGUGUGCGGCCACUAUGGCUGCGGCGGUGUCAAGGCCGCCAUGACGGCAAAGGACCUCGGCCUGCUCAACCCCUGGCUGCGCAACAUUCGCGACGUCUACCGCCUGCACGAGGCCGAGCUCGACGCCAUCAAGGACGAGGAGGCCCGCUACAACCGCCUCGUCGAGCUCAACGUGGUGGAGCAGUGCCGCAACGUCAUCAAGACGGCCGCCAUUCAGCAGAGUUUCCAAAAGAAUGGCUUCCCCAUUGUCCACGGCUGGGUCUUUGGCUUCAAGGACGGUCUGCUCAAGGACCUCGAGGUGGACUUUGAGGCUCAGCUGCACGAUAUCCAGAAGAUUUACAACCUUACCGAGUAG